GAUUCUCAAACUUGUGCUUGUUGCACGAGAGAAGCCGCAGUUCAGCUGAGCUGCCGUAGCUGGAAGUAAGGUCCUAAAGAAUCCCCAAUACAGAUCCCCAAAUGUAAAACGGAAGCUUUUUUUGCAGUUUUGCUAAGUUAGCAAUAUCUCUUCCUCAGCUGCUGCUACAGUAAUGUGCAGUACAUGCCUGCAGACUUGCUGCUCUGGCAGAUGAAUACAGUUUUUUCCAGAGUGUUUCCAGAAGAUUGUAGAGAUGUACCAAAUUGUCCCAGCCACCGUUGGGGAUGUCGGCCUUAGUGCCAUGCGCCAGUGCACACCUCCUAAGAAGAAAAGAGUGGAUCGGCAGGGGCGGCGAAUGAUAAUUGCAGGCUUGAUUGGCGCAGCACUGGUCAUCACAGCUGUGGCAUCUUGGUGCUAUUACUCGGCGUCUUUGAGCAAGGCGGACUUGCUGAAGACUGAACUGCUAGACCUCAGCAAAGACGGCUUUGUCAUCCACAACCAAGCUGGAGCCGUCGUCUUUCGAAUGUCUUUUAGAUCGGGCUCCCUUGACCUGGAUUCGUGCUCAAAAGAGGGCAGAAUUCUCAGCUGCAGCCGAUCCGGUGCAGGAAACCUCAAUUUUUUCAUUGAGACAGUGAAACCCAAGGACACAGUGAUGUGUUAUCGUGUGCGCUGGGAAGAACUUGAAGCGUACCGUGCUGUUGAACAUGCCAUGUCCUACAAUGGGUCACACUGGUAUGGCGGGGCAGAGACCUGGUCCCAGCAUUGGCCAAUUGUUUUUGCGGGAAACCAAGAGCCCAAGCCAUUCAUCACAAGUGAUAUUUCUUCAAAUCGUCAGGCAUUUGGAGGCAUCCUGGAGCGCUACUGGCUCUCCUCCAAUGCGACCGCUAUUAAAAUCAAUGACUCUGUCCCUUUCCAUUUGGGCUGGGAUGAGAACAGCAAGACUUUGCGAUUCCAGGCAAGGUAUGACAACAGCCCUUACAAGUCAGACCCUGGACAGCCUCUUCGUGCUGAGUUGAGUUACCGUGUUUGUGUUGGGUACGAUGUUACUUCCAUACAUAAGUACAUGGUCCGUCGUUAUUUUAACAAGCCCAAUAAGGUUCCUUCCGAGGCUGUUUUCAGACAGCCCAUUUGGUCCACCUGGGCCUUGCACAAGACAGCAGUAAAUCAGGAGAAGGUACUGACGUAUGCAUCGGAGAUAAAAAAGCAUGGCUUCAAUUGGAGUCAUCUAGAGCUAGAUGAUCGAUAUACCAGCGGCUAUGGGGAGUUUGAAUUUGAUCCAGAGAAGUUCCCCAAUGCAUCUGAUAUGUUUCAGAAACUUAGGGAUGAUGGUUUCAAGGUUACCUUGUGGACACAUCCUUUCGUGAACUACAACUCCACUAACUUUGGCAUCGGAGUGGAGAGAGGGCUUUUUGUGCGAGAACCUAGCGGUGAGUUACCCGCCUUGAUUCGCUGGUGGAACGGUAUUGGCGGCAUCCUGGAUUUCACCAAUCCAGAAACCCGUGACUGGUACGCCUUGCAUCUUCGUAUCCUAAAGAACAAGUAUGGAAUAGCUUCCUUUAAGUUUGAUGCUGGGGAGACUAGCUACUUGCCACAACAGUUCAGCACCUUAAUGCCCCUGCAAGAUCCCAGCGUGUUCACCCGCCGCUACACCGAGAUGGCCAUACCCUUCAAUGACCGUGCAGAGCUGCGUUCAGGGUACCAGUCCCAGAAUAUCUCCUGCUUUUUUCGGAUCAUUGACCGGGACUCGCUCUGGGGAUACGACCUGGGACUCAAGUCCAUCAUCCCUACUGUGCUAACCAUUAGCAUUCUCGGCUACCAAUUCAUUCUCCCGGACAUGAUAGGCGGAAACGCUUACCCAAACCGCACUGAAGGGCACCAGGGACUACCUGACCGGGAACUUUACAUUCGUUGGCUGGAACUGUCAGCAUUCAUGCCAGCUAUGCAGUUCUCAAUCCCUCCGUGGGUUUACGAUGUUGAGGUCGUGGAGAUCGCCAAGAAGUUCACAGCACUCCAUGAGACCUUGGUGGCUCCUCGAGUUCUUGAACUUGCCAGCGAAGUGUUGGACACAGGAGAUCCCAUCAUCCGCCCUCUUUGGUGGAUUGCUACAGAUGAUGAGGCUUCCUACAAGAUUGAUUCACAGUUCCUCAUAGGGGAUGACCUUAUGGUAGCACCGGUGCUUGAGCCAGGCAAGCAGGAGAGGGAUAUUUACCUCCCAGCUGGCAGAUGGAGGAGCUACAAGGGUGAACAUUUUGACAAAGGACCAAUCCAUCUUACUGACUAUCCGGUAGACUUGGAUGAGAUAGCCUACUUUGUGUGGUCAGGAUGAUGUAAAGGGAAUAACAGACCAGGAUACUGUAGCUGUAAUCGUUCCAUUGAGCAAUAAGCUGCCAUGCACAAUUGUUCUCACAUCUAUGUGCCUUGUGGAUAUGUAUCUAUGUAUGUUGUGAAUAUGUAACCGACACUGUAAAACCUCGGUAGCCAUCAACCUUUAUGUUAAUAGUGUAUUUGGAAAUUUUCUAAUCGUAGAACGAUCCUUAUCAUGUGACUUCAAUAACCUUUUACCUCUUAAUUUAUAAGAAAGGACAAGAUCUAAGGCAUAUAUAGUACUCUGCAGAAGUCAAGAGACCAACCUUCAUUCAUUGAAUUUCCAGCCAAAACAGUCAUUAAUACAAGUUUUCAAUUUUCAGUGUCAGGAAAAAAAAAGCAGAAAAGAUAUAUUUAACAGAAAAGUACACAGAAGCCUCAACAACUAAAUAUAAACUCAGUUUUUUCAGUAUUUGGUGUGUCCACUGUUUGUCUUACAGAUUUAUGAUUCUAUUCUUUUCAGACGUCUUGCUUUCACAUGUCCAAUCUUUGCAUUUUUAAAUUUUUUUGUUUCUCACAAUUCAAGUAAUCCCACAAUCAGUGAUCUUAAGGUCUGGAGUCUGAGGUGGUCAGUCCAUUUCUCUGAGAUCACCAGCGACUUCUUUGUUUGAUUUGAACAUGUUCUUCCUUUCUGUCUGUUUUCUUUUAUCAGUGACCCCUUCUUGACAGAUACACAUCCUUCCAGACUCAUAGUGUUGAGUUGUCUUUUCACAGUGGAAAGAUGGACAGAAACACCUGUGGAUUUUUUCAGAUCUGAAGCAAGAGUGUUGCUUGAUUUUUCCCCUGUUCUUCAAAGAUGAAAGCUUUGAGUAUUGUUUAUCUGAUGGUGACCGUUUCGGUGGUCUACCAGGUCUAGGUCUGAGUCUUUCUUUAUUUCUUUUAAUACUUUUUUAAACUCCAGUUUUGGAAACUCUUGUUUUUCACUUAUUUUCCUUUGAUUUCUCUUUCCUUAUGCAAGAGGAUUAUUGCAUAACUAAUCUUCUCAAAAUAUCUUCUGAAACUUUUCCUAAUGGCUGUUUAAACUGGAAAUUAAAUAAAUGAAGGGUGGUCUUUGACUUCUGCACAGUACUGUAGGUUAUUAUAUUUCGGUCUAGAAAUUUAAGUGGAAGCUGGGAGGUCAGCAGUUUAUACUAUACACUGUUAGGGCUUCACCUGCUUUUUGUUGGUACGUGUUGGCCUUUGUAAAAAUUGGAAACAUUAGUGAAGAAUAGAGAGGGGGACUUCAGUGCCAAAUAUAUUGCCAGCAAUAUUACUUUGUCCCAACACUGUGGGGUAAGUGAAUGUUGUAGUCUAACACUGGGCCUUAUAAAUAUGUUGCAAUGUUAGCUUGUUCUGUUUAGGGUGUAUUGAAAUGAAAGCACAAAAGAAAAUCUGUACAUAGAAGUGUAUUAUAUGAUUUUUUAAUGAGUGCUGCCUAUGCCAUUUAGUAUUUCUCUGAAAUGCUCUAUUCUUUUCAAACUGAAUCUGUGAAGUGCCACAAGCUACUGAUAAUGCCGUUUUAGUAUAUUAUUAGUAUGUUCUGACACUGCUGUAAACUACACACAUGGUGUAUAUAUACAGUGUAUCAUUCAGGGAUUGUUGUCUAAUAUGGUAAAACAGUUCGUCUGGAGUUUCGUCUCUUAAGUCUACCUUUAUCAUGACUACUUUUGAGAGCUGUACUUUAUUAUACUUUGUGUGUUUUUUGGUUUGCUUGUGCUUGCCAUAGCAAUUUAAGGGGAACUGCAGGGUAGAUACUGACCAAGGUGGUAAUAUUUGUUUUCCUGCCUUUAUAUGACAGAGUACGUCCAGAAAAGGAGCUGUUUCAUGUUCAUAUGGGUUUUGUUGUUUUUGUUGUUGUUGUUGUUGUUGUUGUUUGGGAUUUUUUUCCCCCAAACUUGACUUCUGUAUGUUAGACUGCUAAUGCUGUAAUUUGAAUCAAAUAAUAAUUUUAUUCAGAUUUGGAGUACUUGAACAGCACAGGGAUUAUUAAAUGAAAUGAUCAAACACAUUCAAGUUUUGAAUUUAAAGGGCCCAUAUCCUACGUCUUUCUUGUAUUUUAUGUUUUUCCCUAGAGGUCAGCUUAUAGGAUUUGUGUGCCUGUAUGUACCAGAAACAGUCAUAAUUCAUUUUACAUUUUCCAGCCCCUCUUUUACCCUUAGAAUUAAAAAGGCUGUUUUUGUUAUUGUACCUUAAGACUGAUACAUGUAAAUGACCUCUCUUCUGAUUGGCUGCCCUGUAUUUUGUCUCAAAAAGUAGCCCAGGCUGAUGCACGUCUUAUAUAAGUGUGAACAGGCGGACCUGAACCUCUGUAGACUGAAUAGGUGGAUAUAUGUAAAUGUGUUGACAUCACAAAAACAAUAAAUUCAAAAUGAGCUAUUUUUACAGCCUAAUUUCCAUACAUGGACAGUAAGGACUAGAGAGUGAAAGGUAUCUUUUAAAACUUUAACAGUAUGUAUGUACUGCAUCACACUCAUUUAUAUGAAAAAGGGAGGAAAAUUGAGUUUUUUGUGAUAUGGGCCCUUUAAAAAAGUAAGCUUCAUGUUUAGUUUUUCUACAUUUAAUAUGGUACGCUGCCUGUUGUAAUGUAAUGACAGCAUUUCAACAUUAUUUGUUGUUGAAAAUAAAAGUGAAUUAAAAUA